UCGCUGCGAGGCGGCGCAGCGAGCGGCGCUAUUUUUUGCCGUCUUCUCGCGGUGUAUCGGCUAGCCCUAACCACAAAUAGAGAAUUGUUGUUUUCAGCCUUUUAUAAUGUGCUGUGCCCAUUUAUCGUGCACGGGUGUUGAGUGACAUGACCCGAUGUGUUUUGUGCGGCUACAUAUUAGAUAUGCAUGCGUGAACAGCAAUAUGUGGUCUGUUUUUUUUGUGUGUGUAGUGGGUGUGUGAUGGUCUGAACUCGGAAUUGUUGUUUCCUGUGUGUUGGCUGCUACACCCCUUACAUGCAAUGGCUCGUCAGUUUGCUGAAGAAAUGAAGAAGCGUCAUCAAAUGAAUGACAUUCCUCAAGUGUGGAAGUCGUACCUCUACCAGUUACAACAGAAAGCUCCAACACCAAAGAGAAUAGUCUGCAAUAAAGAGGUGGUUCAUAGGCCAGCACAUUAUGGCAGAGAGUUUCAUGGCACAAUCUCCCGUGAGGAAUCGGAACGUCUCCUGCAAGAUGGGGAUGGGUGUUACCUAGUGAGAGAAAGUCAGAGAGCCCCAGGGCAGUAUACCCUUAGUUUAAGGUUCGGCAGCAGCAUGAAAAAUUUCCGUCUGUAUUACGAUGGCUUGCACUACGUUGGAGAAAAAAGAUUUGCCACAUUGCAAGACCUGGUAGCAGAUGGACUCAUCACCAUGUACUUGGAGGUCCAUGCAGGAGAAUACAUUAAUUCCAUGGUUUCUGAGUCAAAGUAUGAGGACAGUCCGUACAUGACUCUGAACUCCUACCAGCGGCAGAUUCGCAAACUCCAACAGCAAUCUUUGCGUGCAAAACAGAAACACCAACAAGCUCUGCAGGUCACACAUCAUGAAGAGGAGGCCCACGAGUACGACAAGCCGGACGAAGAACUGGAUUGCCCAUUGUUAGAUGGCAUCCCAGAAGACAUUAACGUGCAAGACUUCGAGAAACCUCACGCUUUCAAGGUCAACAAUUUUAAAGGUCUUCCGUGGUGUGAUUUCUGUGGAAACUUUAUGUGGGGUCUUAUUGCUCAAGGUGUAAGGUGUGAAGACUGUGGGUUUAGUGCACAUAAUCGAUGUUCAGAGAAGGUGCCAAAUGACUGCCUUCCAGAUACAAAAUAUGUAAAGAGAGUGUUCGGCGUGGAUCUCACCACAUUGGUUAAAGCUCACAAUACACCAAGGCCAUUUGUGCUAGAUGCAUGCAUAAAAGAAAUCGAGCUCAGGGGUUUGGAUGUUGAGGGUAUAUAUCGGGUAUCAGGAUUCAGUGAUGAGGUAGAGGCAUUGAGAAUGUCAUUUGAGAAGGAUGGAGAAGCUGCACCCUUGAAUGCUUCGCAUUGGGAGGACAUUCAUGUUAUUACUGGCGUACUCAAGCUGUUUCUGAGGCUCCUACCCAUCCCGCUUAUUACAUUUGACAGCUAUGCAAAGUUCUUUGAUGCAGUCAAGAGCAACAAGGUUGAAGAAAAACUGGAAGCCAUGAAAGAAGCUGUAAAAUCACUGCCACCUGCACACUAUCAGUCGUUGAAGUAUCUCAUGGGUCACCUGCAGAGAGUAUCAGAACAUCAAAAAAAGAACCUCAUGUCCCCAAAGAACUUAAGCACCGUGUUCAGCCCAACUGUGAUGAGAACUCCUGACAUUAUGGGGAUGGGGCUCGACCAGAUGAGUGCAUGGCACACGGAGAGUGCAGUGGUGGAACUCCUUAUCAAUUAUAACAGAACGGUGUUUGUUCAGUGAUCUGACAUGUAAGAUUCAAUGUUUUCACCUUCACCAAAGAGUCAUUUUUCAUAGUUUUAUCUGUGCUUGCUUUUUAUUGUACAGGGUGUGGUAUAUCAGAGCUAUUCUCCGAAAUGUAGAAAUACAAGCAUUGCUACAGUCAAAUAUUCUGGCUUUUUAAGAUGCGUGUAGAAGUGUCGUAGUUACAUAGCCUGCAUAUUUUCACUGAGUGAAGAAACUAGCUCGUAUGAUGUGGUCCAGAAAAUGUUAUCGUAAUCGCUUGCAGCUACCAUCCCUUCUUCCUUUCUUUCUUAGUCUGUUUGUAUAAUACUAUUAUGUUUGUUAUAAAUUCUCGUUGUUUGUGUGCACUGUAAAAAUAAAAAGUUAACUGGAAGAAGAGGGAAUGAGGCAGUGAUGCAACUUGGGGCAAGUAAACAACAAAAAAUUAACAUGAAAUCAUAAAUAUACAGAGAGGCUUUUUAAGCAAAGAUGUGUCUCCGGGCUUGUAAGCCUAAUUUCUAGAUCUAAGAUAUUUCUCACAAUCCCUUCUAUGUUCCUUUAAAGUGUCCAGGGACGUUAACUGGUCCACCACUGUGAACAGGUGCACAUGCUCCGUAGUCUUUUGUCUAUCACUGUAUUACUUCUUGUUUUGCUUUUUAGUUUUGCACAUGUCGAUAGGGCACGGGACUUGUGCGCUGAAAGCUGACAGAAAAUGUUUGUGUGCAUUUACAGUCAACCCUCGAUUUAUGAACACCCUCGGUUCCCGGAAAAAUUGUUCAUAAAUCGAAAAUUCCGUUAAGUCAGUACUAUCGAGCUGACGAAACAGUACUUGCGAGUUGGGAUUGUGUUUAUAAUACAAUAUAUUGUGUAAUUUUGCUUUCGACCGUGCCUUCUGCUGUACACUUGGUAGACCCUAAUGCGUCCCCGGAAAAGCAGUUUGUUGUUCGGAUUUCGAGGGGAUAAAAACCAAGGGUGCAAUAUCUGGAAAAAGGUUUGUCCAUUCCGGCAUCAUUCAUAAGAUCAUGGAAUAAUACCUUUGAAGAUUUCUGUUGACCUCAGAACGAUCUGUUCAUAAAUUGAGGGCAAAAACGCUGGGCAACUCCUAGUUGGUUCCCAGAAAUUCCAUUCAUUAUUCGGAUAUCGAGGUUCAUAAAACGAGGGAAAAAUGCAUGUAUAAAGUUUGGUUCCUCGUGCUCCUGUUCAUAAAAUGAGGGAAUUUAUAAAUCGAAGGUUCAUAAAUUGAGGGUUGACUGCAUACGCUGAAACUGGUCGAAGUGUGUUGUGGGGCAUGCAUUCUCUUGUAUUCAAGCACAAAAGCACCAUGCACUGGGGGCACAGUUGGAAGUAACUGCAUACAGCUGUUGCAUUAAGUCUUCAAUUAUACCAUAUUUUUCUUCCUCAGCAACUUGAGAACUUAAAACAAUUUGGAGAAGUCAACAACUUCACCUCUGCUCUGUUCCUCUUCUCUCACAUAAGAGAAAUCUGUUUUCUCAUCCCUACCUUGUUAUCUAGAUGGUUUCAGUUCCAUCAUGACUAACAUGUUCACACCCCAAACAUCAAAAUUGAAAAGUUACUGUGUGUUUCUCAAGAAAGCGUAUGAAAGACUGAGGGACAGCCUUGUCCCUCAGCAUUCUACUGUGCUAUAAAAAUUGUAUAAAAUAUUCCAAAUAUGCACCAGGGGAUAAAAUAGGCUGUAGAUUCAGUUAUGCACAUUGCUAUGGAAAAUCAAAAUCAAUUUUGUUAUGGAAGGCUGGCAUGGCAAAGCAAUUUGUGAGGCUCUAAAGAGACAUACAGGGUUGAAUGUUGCAUAUUACAUCAUGUCCCAUACUGUAAUUGUAAAAAUUGUGCAAAAAAUGCCUGGAACCUCACAACUUUCAUGCAAACAUUGUAAUUAAAUUUAAGUUUCUUUUCUGCAUGUAGCUGCAUAAACACGUGCAAGUGAUCCGUAUAUUCCAACUACAAUAAUAGCACUGAACUGCAACUAUUGUUGCAAAAUUAUGGUUGAACAUUCCGUGUAAUACUGUGUGUAUGGUUACAAGCAAGGUUUACUUUUGUUGGUCUGUGUUUUGUAUGCACUAGGCAUCAGGCUAGCUGUUGCCCGUCACAGCUGGGACUUUUUUGAUAAGCUUACUAGUGAAUUUAGUGUAAAGUUAAUAUGUGAUCCUGUUUUUCUAUUUUGUUAAACACAUAAAUCACAUAGCUUACUCAAGAGAGCUGAUAACUGCAGUAUGCAUUGAAUGGAGAUUCUUCCAUUUCCCAGGGAAAAAAAACACUAUUUAUAACUGCAGGCAAUUGUAUGUGGAGGAGUACACAAACUGUUUGCAGUGAUUUUGACUGUGUUGUAUUAUAAAUGAGUUAUUGGAUAAUUAUUAGGAAUCAUCUUAUUGUGGUAUCAACCAAUAUUUAUUCACAGAAAGGUAUUCACUGCAAGUAAACCUGAGUAUAGAAAGGCUAUAUGUCUGGCCUUCAAACUUUAAUGUUCCUAUUUUCAAGGGUGUACAACUUCCUUGUGGCCCUGUUUUAACCAUUUCAAUCAAAGUUGAAAAAUAUGCAGCUUCACAUUACAUGCUACCAUUUGCUGCGUCUGCUUAAGUGAGAGAGAGACGAGGUUUAUUAAGGCAAUUCUGUUCCAGCAAUAUGUUUGUCGCGCACUCUUCACAGUGUUUCAUAGCAUAGGUGUUUUUUUUUUAAUUUGUUAGAAUUUUUAUUUAAAAAAACACAGUAGAACAAAAUAGAUGC